CAUGAGAGGAGUGGAGAGAAAACGUGCAUGCGAAUCCAAUGCAAUGUGCCGUGAAAACACAGUUCGGUGUGUGUAUGGCCUGUGUUGCGUUGUGUGUAUGUGCGUCUAGACUAGACAAUGUGUAAAGCACGGCUUAGAAUGUCGCACACUGGCCACCGUUAUAUACUUAUUGUAAAAAAUAUAUAGAACCUGUGCGCCGAUUUAUACAUUGCGGCAUGCAUGCACGGUACACACGGUAGGCUAGCUUGUCGUGCAAACCAAAAUGGCAGGCAUCACUUUCAAAGAUGAUCUGUUAGCACGUAAAUAAUUUUAUAUUUUAACACGAUGCAUCAGGGAUCGGGGGCAGAGGACCCUGUAAAAUGGAGUACGAGGUUGGUUCUGGCCUGGAUGAGGUCAUAUGACGAUAGCAGAGAAGAAGUAAAGAAGAAGAUUUUGGAAGUGGUCGAAACGAAUGAUAUCGAUGGGUUGACGCUGAAGCAGCUCAGAGCAGACAGCGAAGAGAUCCACACACUUUUUCCAUCUCUAAAAGAUCGACUUACUUUUAAAGCUAUGCUCAGGGACAUGUUCAAAGAUGCACGAUGUUCACAUUGUCAUAGCAACGGGGCAUCCAUUGGUAACACGUGUAACCAUGAACCUCCAGCGCAGAAACCAACACAAGCCACGCCCCACAUACCACAACUCAGCUCCAAAACAAUUCACACCACUCAACCCGUAGCCAAUCACAGGAGUGCUGCAAGCCACACCCACAUUGAAGAGGCCAAUCACAAGCCGUCUAGUCACGUGUCACGCACGUCACCGCUGUUGUCGCCACGCCCACAUACACUACCUCGCCAGGACUCAAAGGAAAAUACACAGAGUGUCCAUCCUGAUAACGGUCCACCCUCUAGCUCCCGAUCCAAGAUGCCCCCUCUUGCUGUUGCCAUGGUACCUAACGCACAGCCCGUAAUAUCACCAAGAGAGCGCGAAUUAAACUCCGCACAAAUGCAUCGUUACAUACCUCCUCAAGGCGUCCAUGGCAACCAGAUGAUACCUCACGGUGGCCCUGCCGUCUCCUUCCCGUUUGCUCCUAUUGCCGGACAGUUCAAUGUAACUGUAGCCAACCAGGCCCUCGCCGCAGCUCUUGCCGCACGAGCAUUGCCGCAUCAGCAACCGUAUCAGCAGCAUCAGCAAUCCAUUGCUCAUGCCACGGCUACAGCUACAACGUCCGGGUCCAGUCAGGCGUCAACCUCAAGACCAACAAUGCUCCCAAUACCAAAUCACCACCACCACCACCGAACCGUAGCGGCGGCUCCAGCCUCUGCCCCGCCACCUCCCCCACCUACCGUUACUCAGCGCAUUGUCGAGAUUCUGUCUAAAGACGAUAAGGACCUGUCUGCCGCAUCUACCUCAACGUCCAGUCCUAGCGAACAUCCGCAGAACUCUCAAGAACCGACCUCAACCCAAGUCCCUGUCACCAUGCCGCUGAUAGGAAGUAGAGGGCGUCCCGCCACCAAGGGUGCCAUCCGCUCCGCCAAGAUCUCGCAGAAAUACAAGAAGAUUAUCCAACGGAUGAAGUCUGCUCACAAGCAAGUGAUCGAGAUCCCCUACCCUGCGCCCUUGCCUAGCUUCUCCCAGCUUCUCAGGCAGCAGAUUGGACGAGGGAACAUCGCUAACUUCCGAUCGCGUUUUACGUACGAGUGCGCCCAGUAUUACAUGAGCCUCAACCCAACACCAAGCCAUACAGAGUAUCGUAACAUCAGCAAGACCAUCGUUGAGAACUUCCCAGUCCUGUCAUCUCCCGAUGAAGAUGUACCAUGGAGAAAGUUUAACAACCAACUCAGUCAAGCUAUCCGCAACAUCCGUCGUCAACUUCGUAGCGUGCCAAACUCCGGUUAUCCGCCUGCGCAGAAGCGUAAGUAUUGGCGAAAUCUCGCAUCACAGUUCAUGUGCAACACCCCCAAUGGGAUGACAACACUGAGCCAGCUUACACAGCAACAGCAGGAGCAAUUAGGUCUCGUGGGGACGUCGGGUGAACACAGCAACAACAAUGACGACGAUGAUGAUGACGACGACGACGAUGAUGAUAACAUCAUUAUUCUGAAGGAAGAAGAUGAUGAGGAUGAUGGUGAUGACGAUGAGAGGGGUGAUGGGAGAGAUGGAGAGAACGGUGGCGGCGAUGCGGACGAUGGACCCUAUGAAGAUAGCGAUGAUGACGACAGUGUAGUACCCGCUGAGUGGUCUAACAAGCGUGAAUAGACCAUCUCGAUGAUGAUGACGACGAUGCAGUCUCGGCGCGCGUGUUGCCAUCAGCUACAUGUAUACCUCCAUGGUAAGGUUUUCUAGAGUGUGUCUGACUUUCAGAAGUCAGAUCAAAUUACAAACGGGUUUAAUCAACUUACGGAACUCGAAAGGCCUUUAUGUGCGCGGAUGAAUUAAGUUGAUUUAUUGUUUGCGGCGUACGAUAUACUAUAUACCUCAAAAACUACGUGGACAUUUAUUUAGUUACGCGAUCUGCGAUCCGAGUACGCUGAUUUGGUAAACUUUCUUUGUUACGUCAUCUGGCGGUGUCGCCGCUGCUUUGUAUAUAAUAAGUAUCGCAUUUAAAACUUUAAAAAGAAAUGCUAAACUUUUUUUACGCAGCUUAGAAUAUUGCAGCUUGAAUAUUUUGUACAGUAUAGCCAAAUAUAUUAUUGUAUCAUAGUCUAUGUUAAGUACCUAUAUUAUUGUAGAGAAAGCUCAGCUGAUGUGUUUACUUAACAUGCUGCUGUAUUACGAUGUCACAAAAUGUCUGCAUAUUUCAUUGCUGCUUUAAAUUUAUGAAAACCGACGAAGCAACUGAUUUUUAUUCUUCAACAUUAUGAUGCACCUGAUUAUGUAAGUAUAGAUUGUAAAAAUUAUUUAAAAAGAAAUACACACUAAGUAGAUAUGGUUUCACAGACCUAAACAAUUAUUAUACAAUCAUUUUUUGUGAGUAUAAAACGUGUUCAUUUUGACCUGCGAUUAUUUUAUUUCUUUGAAACCUGGAGCGUGGAAAAACUCCUCUAAUACUAUAGUAAUUAUGCUGCAUUGUGGGAGACCGAUUAAAAACUUUUGACAAAGAAACUGAAAGCGUUAUAAUAAGAAAGUAGUUUUAUUGUAAUCAUGGAAAUAUCACAUUAAGAUAUAUAUUUAAAGAUUUGUCUGAAGUUACAUGUAUGACCAUGUAAAAUUUAAUAUGGUAAAUUCAAAUUAUUUUUCAUAGAAUUUUAGUCUUAUUAUUCUUGUACAGAUAUACAGGACAUCGAUGAAAGGACUUAAACUGAGAGGAUUAAAAUGCUUGACUCUCACAAAACUCUUUAAUUCUAAAUUCAUCCAGUAUCUGCGAUUGAUGUUUGAAUGAUUGACUUUGCAAAUAUGCGUGGCAACGUUUAUUUUUCAGCGUUGCCUACGAAAAAAGUCAUUUAUUGUUGUCUACAACUAUAUAUUGAAACAUGCUACGCAUGUAACCCACCUCGGGUCAUUUUAAUCUCACCCACAUACAGUUAUACUGAAUCAGAUAUAGACAUCUAAAAAUAUGAGCUCUAUUGCUUGCGGGGACACUGCAGUCUGUUGGUGUUUUUAAGUCGAUGAAAAUUUUGUCAUUUGAUUUGACUUGAAACGAAGCAUAAUUAUUUCAUUUUAAAGUCGAUGUUCAUUAUGUGUAACCAUCAUCGUUCAAAAGGGGCAAUUUUAUACGUUCGCGAAUAUGAAAUACACACGACUUUGAUUUUUUUUUGUCAUGAGCUCUUACUUCUAAUCGAAAAAAAAUUAGUUUCAAAACAGAAAAGGCUGUGUUUUUCUUCCCUUUAUCCUGUAGGUUGCAAUGUCUUGUUUUUGACUUGGUAAACGUGGACGUGUUGCGAGUGAUAAUUUUGAUGGUUUAGCGAAUGAUGUAC